AUGCGCCUGGCGGUUGCUGAGAUUACCUGCCAGCCUUUCACAUUAACCAUCUCUGUUUUACACCGCAUCAGCAGAUCUGGUUUGCCCUCCUCGUCCCGCCUUGCUCGCGCGGGGCUCCGGCCGCCAGCAGACGAGGACCUUGCCGCCGGCAUGGUCUUCGUGGUUGGGCAAACAAUAAUAGAAACAUCCCAGCCGACUAAGCUCGACCGUGAUGGGGAUUCGUCUGGCAAUGGCACGCUACCUACGAGGAACGACUCCAGCCAUGAGAUGAAACUUGAACCUCCGAGGAAGAGCGACAGAAACGGGGAUCUGGGUAUGUCGGCAGUCGACCUAGCUGGGCUCGGCGACCUAGCGCUACUGUCAUCCUUUUUUCUCUCCGGCGACGGCUCCUGGCGGACGGUAGCCGUCGCCACCGCCGGCGUACCUGCCGCUCACCUGUCAAAUCUGCACGAUAAUUCCCUACAUUGUGGCAUGUCGAGUUCCCUGCGUAGUGUACGGCUCAGUGGAGAUUGCAAAGCCUGUCAAGCCCACAGCAAGUCUGAAACGACAGGGAAGAGACGGCCGAUCUUCCUCGCCUCGCUGAGGCGACGAAACAUGCCAUUUUCGACGUCGACUUCUCCUCGACCCGUGGUGGCCGUGGUGGUCGUCGCGGUGGGCAUCCAUGACAACCCCAGUCGUGCCCAGCAGUCGUGCCGGCCGCUUCCCAAGGCGAAGUAUGAUUCGUGCACGAACCAGCCUGUCCGUCCCUUUGCAGGGUAUCUCGUUGGUGCGUUCCGGUUGGCUCAAGUGUGGUCCGACACCACUCAUGGAAUCCAGAGCAUCGACGACCAGCUGCCAGAGUGGCCGUUCGAAGCAUGUCUUCCUCGACAGGCUCCGCUGCCACGGAUCCUGAUGAUUGGAACGGACGGUCGGCCGGGAGAUCUGGAGUACACGGACUGGUGCUUCCUAUUCUCGAGCCUCGUGGGCUAG